AUGUCCAGUCGUCAGCAAGUUCAAACCGCGUGCCAGCGCUGCCGCCAGAAACGAGCAAAGUGCAGCGGACAACAGCCCUGCAACCGAUGCGAGCAAGAGGGCGAGGUCUGCGAAUACAACCGCUGCGAAAAAUUAACAAAGAGCGAACUGCGUGCUGAGGUUGGAAGACUGAGGCAGCGUCUGGAAGAUACCAAGUCGCAGCGGGCUCAGAGCCAGGGCAGCAGCGCCACGACGAACGAUAGCGCCACGCUGCAGGGCUGGAUCGAUGGCUUCAAAUGGUCUAAUUUGGAGAAGGGUCCUUUUGUGCUGGCGGCAGGGUAUCGAGCCUCAUUUUCGUCUGAUUCGACGCCACCAGGGACCCCGCUGACAGCUUCCAAGCCAAACCAACACGUCCGCUGGCUCUUCGUCCUGCUUUGA